AAAAAACGUGAAAUUAUUUAAUUAUUUUAUAUAAAUAUAUCUAGUUUUAUAACAAAAUAAUUAGAGUUAAUACUUGUAUUAUUAUUUUUUUAGUUAUAUUAAUAUUUUUUUAUGUUUUUAUGAAAAUAAUUACGUUAGUAUAACAUGAAGUUAUAAUUUGUAAACACGUCAUUUUCAAUCCCACCACACCUUGAUAAUAAUAGAAAAAACAACUAAAGAAAAAAUGUUAAUAAACCACGAAUCAAAAAUUUGAAGUUUCAAAUUAUUAUUAAACAAAAAAACUCUCUACUUCACUGUGAUAAUAUUUUGUAGUACAAAAAAAUGUCAAGUUCAGACGCGCAACUAGAUAAUGCAAUAGAAGCCGCUAAAAAAGCAGUCCAAUUCGAUCAACAAAAUGAACAAAAUAUAGCAGCUUAUUAUUACGAAGCUGCAGCUAGAUUAUUAACACAAGUAGCUAACAGUACAGAAGAUGUAGACAAAGUGAGAUCCCUUAAUCAAAAAGCCGAUCAGUAUAAAUCAAGAGCUGAUGAAUUGAUGAACAAAGUUCCACAAGAACAUAAAACCGUAGAUGAAAAUGGAAGCAAAUCGAGGUUGAGACAAUGUUAUUUCUUAUUGAACCAAGCUAUUGAAGAAGAUGAAGCAGGGGAUAAAGAGGAUGCUAUUGAUUUGUAUGCCAAGACAGUUGAGUAUAUUUCGCAAUUUCCUGAUUUAAUGCAAGGGGAGUUGAAGAAUCUUGCUUUAAUGGCUUUAGAUAGAGCCGAAGAACUAAAAGGUAUAAAAAAAGAAACAUCACCGCCUAGUAGUGAAACUUCACCAACUAAUAGCAAACUAGUUCAACAAAGACCAUCUAUUAACCCUAAUCCACAAUCUAAUAAGGCGAAUUUUUUAACUGCAACUGAUGGCGGAUAUACCGACGAAGAAAAAUUGGUACUUUUACAUACAUCAAGGAUUAAUGGAAGGGACUAUGUGCCAUUUAUGAGUGUAGAUUUAUCAGAAAGGUUUCAAUACUCCAUACCAUUUUCUGACAAAGACGGUCAUCUAAAAUUAUCACCGAAACAGAAAAGGGAUUUUUAUAAAUUCGUAAGACCGGAAGAAAUAUGUUCCGACCCUUGUAUAGUGUACCGUUCCGUUCCAGAUUAUUUGAGCAUAAAGCAAACUGUGAUAUCAGAUUGUUCCUUCGUAGCAAGUCUAGCUGUUAGUGCUUCUUACGAAAAAAGGUUUGGUAAAAAAUUGGUAACCGCAAUAAUAUAUCCUCAAUCGAAAGAUAAAAAACCAGUUUAUAAUCCUUUCGGAAAAUAUAUGAUCAAGUUACAUAUCAACGGUAUCCCGAGAAAAGUGAUAAUAGAUGAUAGUUUACCUAUAGAUCGAUACGGAAGAUUGUUGUGUUCAUAUUCGGCUAAUCGAAACGAAUUUUGGAUAUCUUUGUUGGAGAAAGCGUACAUGAAAGUUAUGGGCGGAUAUGAUUUUCCCGGUAGUAAUAGUAAUAUCGAUCUCCACGCCUUAACCGGUUGGAUACCUGAAAGGGCCGCGAUAAAAAAUAAUCCCGACUUCAACAAAGACGCUGUUUAUCAAAAAAUAGAAACAAGAUUGGCCAAAGGUGACGUGUUAGUUUCUGUAGCCACCGGAGACAUGUCGGAUCUCGAGGCCGAAAGAACAGGACUGGUAUCCACUCACGCGUACGCUGUCAUGGACGUACAAACAGUCGAUGGGGUUAGGUUAUUCAAGUUGAAAAAUCCCUGGUCGCAUUUGAGAUGGCGUGGAAAUUAUUCGGAAUUGGAUACGCGACGUUGGACGCCCGAAUUGCAGAGAAGACUCAAUUUCGAUCCUUCCAGCGCCGCUCAAUUCGACAACGGAGUAUUUUGGAUCGAUUACGAUAGUCUCUGCAAGUUCUUCGAUGUUUUUUAUAUGAAUUGGAACCCGGAAUUGUUCAAACAUACAUAUUGCAUACACCAAUCUUGGAACGCAGGGACGGGUCCAGUAAAAGAUUUAUAUAGCAUAUCGGAAAAUCCACAAUUUUCUUUAGAUGUACAAGGCGAUGGAGCCGGCGCUGUAUGGUUACUAUUAACAAGACACAUCACAGACAUCGACGAUUUUAGAGACAACAAAGAAUAUAUAACACUUUUCGUUUACAGGGGUGGAAAAAAAGUUUAUUAUCCUUUUGACCCGCCACCGUACAUAGAUGGAGUUAAAAUCAACAGUCCACAUUAUCUGUGUAAAAUUUUAUUGAAUUCAGAAUCUAAUAGAAAAUUUACAAUUGUCGUUUCUCAGUACGAAAAAUCCACCACGAUAUAUUAUACCUUAAGGGCUUAUGCGACUUUACCCUUCCGUUUGAAUAAAAUAAUUGAUCCCUACAAAUACGAACAAAGGAUUACGGGCGAAUGGAAGGGCAUUACAGCAGGGGGAUGCCCGAAUCAUCCUCUCACUUUUCCUAAUAAUCCCAAAUACUGCCUCGAUGUCGAUUCUAAAUCCGAUAACAAUCAAAUUUUAAUAGAAUUGAAGGGUCCCAAACAAUACCAAAUGGGAUUCGAAGUUACCAUACAGCAACUCAAAGAUGAAUCCGUUACCGCUCCGUUUAGAGCUAAAUCAUCGGGAUCUUAUAGAUCUGGAUACAUCGUUUUGGAUCUACCAAGCAUACCUGCUAGUGUUCUACGGAUAAUUCCUUCCACUUUUUAUCCGAAUCAAGAAGGACCUUUCAUACUCAACGUUAAGUCAACAUCACCAAUAAAACUUUUUAAAACAUAAAGUUAAUAACUUGUUGUUUGAAAUAAAAAAUAUUUAUCUGGGAUUUAACAAAAUUUACGGAAUAUUUUUGGUAAAUUAGCCGUCCUCUAGUUUUAUCUGUUUAUUCUGAUUCUUUAUUUAUUGUUUCUUGUUUGUCGUACUAUGUACUCUAUUUAUGAAUCAAAGGAAAAUACAAAGGAACAGUUUUAUUGAUGUAGUGGUAAUAAACGGUGCUUUUAUUCGAUAUUAAAAAUUCCAAUUUUAAUAUAAAGAAUACUAUUUUCCAGUAGUAGAUACAUGAAUAAUUAAUGCGCAUCAAUAAAUCAAUACAUACUUUGAUAAUGUUAUUUUUAUGUAUAUCUACUAUACAAGUGUAGUAUUUGAAUAAAUUAAAAACAAAAAAAAAUUGAAAUCAUUUUCUAGUGUUGACAUAUUCAUUUGAAUAAAUUUUGCCUUUCGAUGUUAUAUAGAUUGUCCCAUUAUCAAUUUUUAUGCAAUCAUAAUAUGUAGGGAUUUCUUAGUCAUCUAGGGUACACAGAAAACAAUUUAUUUAUAUAUUUUUUGCAUAUUUUGCUUAAAUAUUCAAUCAUUUUAUACUGUCUUCUGCUAGUUUGUUGAAUUUUGUGAGUUUAUUAAAUAUAUUUAAUUGUUUAUAUAUUCGCAAAUAUAAUUUUUUAUACAAA